AGCUAUUGCCCACCCUCCCCCCACCCUUUUUUUUUUCAUUUUUGAGACAGGGUCUCGCUUUGUCACCCAGGCUGGAGUGCAGUGGCGCAAGCAUGGCUCACUGCAGCCUCAGCUUCCCCAGGCUCAAGUCAUUCUCCCACCUCAGCUUCCUGAGUAGCUGGAACCACAGGCCUGUGCCACCACGCCCAGCUAAUUUUUUUGGUUUUUGUUUUUGGUUUUUUUUAGGUCUCGCUAUGUUGCCUGGGCUGUCUUGGGUGAUCCCCCCGCCUCAGCCUCCCAAAGUGCUAUCAUCCCCUUUAUGACAUUACCUCUGUGACCUACCUCGCCACCCCUCUGAAUUAGGUGUUCCCUCCUCCAGGGCACAUGGCUAUGUUCUAACUUUGCUAAAGGUGCUCACAGUGAAACUGGGUGACUAAUAGGGUAUAGCAGCUGGUCACUCAACAACCCUCACAGGACAGCAUUGCCUGGGUGAGCCAGCCACGAACCUCAUUUGUCAUGUAUCUCUCUCCCAGGGUCCAAAUUCCCUAAAUCACCUCUCCUAGCGGGGGCAUGCUUUUCGGGAAGUCCAGCCAUCAGCUAAAGGGGGAUUGGGGUCAGCUGGACAGGAAGGUGGGGGAUCCACCUUCACUCUAAGAGCACAUCUACCCAGUGACUAACAAAGCUGGGCUCUUACCAGGGUACUCUCUUCGACUGUGCCUGUGGGGGCACUGCUAGAGUUUGCCUCAAACUGCCCCUGUGUGGUCCUUCUGUGACUAACAGGCAACCUUCUGAGUGAUAACAAGUGUUUAAGAGACAGGCUUUGGAGUCAGACCUGGGUUCCAGUGCUGCCUCUGCUCUGUGAUUUGAGGCAAAUUGUUUAACAUCUUGGAGCCUUAUCUCCCCUGUGACUUUUGAGGAUAAUAUUUUGCCAGUGCUUCCAAAAAGGUUGCUUACAGUCUUAGCCUGGGGGCCAGACAUAACUGUUCUGUUAUAUUUCUUUUGCAGUUGACUCAAAUGAUUAUGUUUUUCCGUUUCCAGUUCCUGGGGAGGGUGUGCUCUGCACCUUCUUGUUACCCCCAUAUGCUGCCCUCGCUAAGGACCUUACCCUAGGCCCAUCUGCCAGGCCCAGCAGGUCUGAUCUGGCCUCACCAGGUUCCAGCCAUCCUGGCUGUCUUGUAGUUCACACAAAGGUUCUUACCCUUCUCAGGGCUGUUGCUGGGACUGUCCCUUCCCUGAAGUGCUGUUCCUCCCCUUUCCCUGGUGACUCUUGACUCCUUGCAUUUACACCUUCAGCUUGAAUGCGUCACCUCUUCAGAGAGGACAUCCUCUACCGCCACUUCUAAAAUGCGCCCCCUUCCUGGUUUCACCUCUGCUUGUUCAUUGCCCUUAUUAUACCUGUAACUAUUCUCUUCCUUUGUUACUUGCUUUUUUUUCCCCUCACACUGGGCUUUAGUAAGCUCCAUGAGGUCAGGGGCCAUUUGUUAGCGCCUAUAAAUACCGUGGAAUCACUCAAACCCUAGGGCCGGUGGCACCAGGAAGUACUGGAUAAGGAACCGCAACACUAACGGGCUCAGUGCUCUCUUCCGCCUUCAGUGCCCUGCUCAUCAAGGGUCUGGGUUUCCCGGUCCUCUCGCGAGGAUCCUCCAAGGCGUCUCACAUGAACCGGCUCAGAAACGCCAAAAUCUACGUGGAGAGAGCUGUCAAGCAGAAGAAGAUCUUUACAAUCCAAGGCUGCUACCCGGUGAUCCGGUGUCUCUUGCGCCGGAGGGGCUGGGUGGAGAAGAAGAUGGUCCAUCGCUCAGGCCCCACCCUGCUGCCACCCCAGAAGGAUCUGGAUAGCUCAGCGAUGGGUGACAGUGACACCACUGAGGAUGAGGAUGAAGAUGAGGACGAGGAGUUCCAGCCACCACAGCUGUUUGACUUCGAUGAUUUACUGAAAUUUGAUGACCUAGAUGGAACACAUGCUCUGAUGUCCCGCAUGGUUCAGAAUGAGACCCCCUACUUCAUCUGGACCACUCGGCGGGAUGUGCUCGACUGUCGCUUCCUCUCCAAGGAUCAGAUGAUAAACCACUACACCCGGGCUGGCUCCUUUACCACAAAGGUGGGUCUAUGUCUCAAUCUCCGGAAUUUGCCGUGGUUUGAUGAGGUUGAUGCCAACUCCUUCUUCCCACGCUGCUACCGCCUGGGGGCUGAGGAUGACAAAAAAGCCUUCAUAGAAGACUUCUGGCUGACCGCUGCCCGCAACGUUCUCAAGCUGGUGGUGAAGUCUGAGUGGAAGUCAUACCCUAUCCAGGCAGUAGAGGCAGAGGCCUCAGGAGACAAGCAGCCCAAGAAACGGGAGAAGAACCCAGUGUCAGCGUCCCCAGAGUUUGUGGAUGAAGCUCUGUGUGUGUGCGAGGAGUACCUUAGCAACUUGGCCCACAGGGACAUCGACAAGGACCUGGAGGCCCCGCUGUACCUCACCCCCGAGGGCUGGUCCCUCUUCCUGCAGCGCUACUACCAAGUGGUCCAGUCCAGCCCUGCCCAAGUUCCAUCAUUUCCCCACAGUGAAGGGGCAGAACUCAGGCACCUCGACACUCAGGUCCAGCGCUGUGAGGACAUCCUGCAGCAGCUGCGGGCCGUGGUACCCCAGAUAGACAUGGAAGGGGAUCGCAACAUCUGGAUCGUGAAGCCAGGAGCCAAGUCCCGCGGACGAGGCAUCAUGUGCAUGGACCACCUGGAGGAGAUGCUGAAGCUGGUGAACGGCAACCCCAUGGUGAUGAAGGACGGCAAAUGGGUGGUGCAGAAGUAUAUUGAGCGGCCCCUGCUCAUCUUUGGCACCAAGUUUGACCUGAGACAGUGGUUCCUGGUAACUGACUGGAACCCACUUACUGUGUGGUUCUACCGUGACAGCUAUAUCCGCUUUUCCACGCAGCCCUUCUCCCUGAAGAAUCUGGACAACUCAGUGCACCUGUGCAACAACUCCAUCCAGAAGCACCUGGAGAACUCAUGCCAUCGGCAUCCACUGCUUCCACCAGACAACAUGUGGUAUAGCCAGAGGUUCCAGGCCCACCUGCAGGAGAUGGGUGCCCCAAAUGCUUGGUCCACCAUCAUCGUGCCUGGCAUGAAGGAUGCUGUGAUCCACGCACUUCAGACCUCCCAAGACACCGUGCAGUGUCGGAAGGCCAGCUUUGAGCUCUAUGGCGCUGACUUUGUGUUCGGGGAGGACUUCCAGCCCUGGCUGAUUGAGAUCAACGCCAGCCCCACGAUGGCGCCCUCCACGGCAGUCACUGCCCGGCUGUGUGCUGGCGUGCAAGCUGACACCCUGCGCGUGGUCAUUGACCGGCGGCUGGACCGCAACUGUGGCACAGGAGCCUUUGAGCUCAUCUAUAAGCAGCCUGCUGUGGAGGUGCCUCAAUAUGUAGGCAUCCGGCUCCUGGUAGAGGGCUUCACCAUCAAGAAGCCCAUGGCGAUGUGUCAUCGGCAGAUGGGGGUCUGCCCAGCAGUCCCUCUGCUGACCCAGCGAGGCUCAGGGGAAGGCAAGGACUCGGGGACCCCUACCCACAGCCGAGGUAUCAGGAAGUUUAAGGAAGUUGCCCAAGAUUGCACAGCUCAGAAGGGGCACAGCUGGGAUGCAGACCCAGCCCCUCACCACUUCCCCAGCCUCCACACCAAAGCCCAGCUGCCUUCUCCCCAUGUACUCCGACACCAGGGCCAGGUCCUCAGACGACAGCACAGCAAGUUGGUGGGCACUAAGGCCCUGUCGACCACAAGCAAGGCCUUGAGGACUCUACCUACGGCUAAGGUCUUCAUUUCCCUCCCACCUAACCUUGAUUUCAAGGUGGCACCCAGCAUCCUGAAGCCAAGAAAGGCUCCUGCUCUCCUGUGCCUCCGAGGCCCCCAGCUGGAAGUGCCUUGUUGCCUCUGCCCUUUGAAGUCGGAACAAUUCCCAGCACCUGUAGGAAGGUCAAGGCCAAAGGCAAAUUCAAGGCCAGACUGUGACAAACCCAGGGCUGAGGCCUGCCCCAUGAAGAGGCUGAGGCCCCUGAAACCCCUGCCCCUUGUUGGUACAUUCCAGAGGCACAGGGGCCUGGGGGAUAUGAAGCUAGGGAAGCCCCUGCUUCGAUUCCCCACUGCCCUUGUCCUGGAUCCAACACCAAAUAAAAAGAAACAAGUGAAGUAUUUGGGGCUUGACUCCAUUGCUGUUGGAGGGUCAAGAGUGGGUGGGGUGAGACCGUGUACCCCAGGGUCCACAGCAAGAGCCUGAGGCCAUCAGCAGCUCCUCCGUGCAGCGAGGCCUAGAAUUCCCACCUAAGGACAGACAUGAGGCUUCCUAUUUAGGGACUCCCCUAGCAUCUCUGAUCCAGGGGUGGGGAACGUGAGCCUUCACUUUAAAGAUGGAGAAACUGAGUCUGAAAGAGGCAGCAUGGCUUGCCCAAGAUCACGUGGCAGUGAGUAGAUGCAGGGACAUAUUGCCAGAACUGCUGACCACUGGGAGCCCCCCAACCCCAGAGAGCAAGCUGGGCUAGCAGAAUGACACCUAACAGGUAUAGGAACGUUAAUGCCAUGAGACAGGGGAAAGAGUUGACCUUGCCUAAACUUCAGCCCUUCUGCAGAGGGAAUGGGUCCAUCCCUUCUUCAGCAAGGGGCCAAGGUCACCUAAAAAUGAAAUAUCCAAUAAGCCACAUUCACCUGAAGAAAAGUGUGGCACUUCUUAGUUGUAGUGGGUUGAACUGUGGUCCCCUGAAAAGAGAUGUCUACUUGGACCCUGUGAAUGUGACCUUAUGUGGGAAAAGAGUCUUUGUAGCUGGGUAUGGUGGCUCACGCCUGUUAUCCCAGCACUUUGAGAGGCCAAGGCAGGAGAUUGCUUGAGCCCACAAGUUCAAGACCAGUCUGGGCAACAUGGCGAAUCCGUUUCUAUAGAAAACUAGCCGGGUGUGGUGGCACGCACCUGUAGUCCUAGCUACUCGGGAGGCCUAGGUGGGAGGAUUACCUGAGUCUGGGAAGAUCAAAACUGUGGUGAGCUGUGAUCACACCACUGCGCUCUGAGCCUGAGAGACAGAGUGAAACCCUGUAUCAAAAAAAAAAAAAAAAAGGUCUUUGCAGAUGUAAAUAAGAUCUUAAAUGAGAUAAUCCCAAUGACCAGUGUGGUGCUUACAUUCAAUGACAAGUGUCUUCAUAAGAAAGGAUAAGGGCCGGUGGCUCACUCCUGUAAUCCUAGCAUUUUGGGAAGGCUGAAGUAGGUGGAUCACCUAAGGUCAGGAGUUCGAGACCAGCCUGGCCAACAUGGCAAAACCCCGUUUCUACUAAAAAUACAAAAAUUAGCCGGGCAUGGUGACGUGUGCCUGUAAUCCAGCUACUCGGGAGGCUGAGGCAAGAGAAUUGCUUGAACUCUAGAGGUGGGGUUGCAGUGAGCUGAGAUCAUGCCACUUCACUCCAGCCUGAGCGACAGACUGAGACUCUGUCUCAAAAAAAAAAAAAAAAAAAGAUAAGAAGGCUGAGGCAGGAGGGUUGCUUGAGUCCAGGAGUUGGAGGGUAGCCUGCUUGGGCAACAUACUGAGACCCUGCUUUAA